CGAUAAAAUAAAUUAUAAUUGAAACAGUCCGGAAAAUACAACUUUCGGGACCGAUUGUACAUUCGGGUACACAAAGGGUUGAUCUCCCACAUAAGUGGGGGCCAACCCACGUUAUUAGGCUUUCAAAUGAAGGAGGGAGCCGCAUCAUGGGGCUGGAAAAGGUUGGGAAGUGAUUGGGGGACAAAUAUGUAAGUUGAGGGGACCCCCCCCCAUAUUAUUUGGGGAAUAAGCCAAAAGGGCCAUCUCCCUCACCCCACAACUGGUACAUCUCGGCCAACCUACUCAAAGAGGAGAAAGAAGGUCUGCAAAACUUGAUUGUUACCAUCCAUACACGCACCAAGAACAAAGGAGGAAGAAGGAGGGGAAAAGAGAAGAGAAAAGUUGGCUUUGGAGAGGAAAACUUGUGUUACAGAAGGUAUUCAAGGAACUUUCACGGAGUUGAAAGGGUCGCCAAAGUGGUCGCUGGAGUUCGUUGGAGUUCGCCCGAGUUUCGCCGGAGCUAAAUCGGGAAGGCUAGAACUUCAUAAGCUUCAUUAAGGUUGAGGCUAGAGUCCUACUACCUGCACCUUUGCCUAAGAUGAUCAUUCGAGGAGGAAGACGUGAAAUGGAGGGUGGACGCAGGAUAACUAGGAGGAACCCGAUAGGGCAUGUGCCGGGGGCCACCGGGCAUGCCACUCGGGCGGAAUCACGGACCUCUAGGGGUAGAGGCCGGGGCCAAAGCCGAGGAGGAGGCCGAGGCAGGGGUCGUGGGCGUUCUACAAUGCCGACGGCAAGUAGCACGCGUGUCGGUUCUGUGCACCCAUCUUGGGCCACCGAACCGGACGAUUCCACAUAUGUCCAAGCACGGAGCAAGAGGAGACCCCGUACAACGGGGAAGACUUUGAGGAAGAAGAUGAGGAUGAUCCCCAUUAUGACCACAUGAGUGAGGUACUAGAAUGGUACCUCGAGAAUAAGGAAAAGAGAGAGCACCGGCGCCAAGCUAGACAGGCUAGGCAAGCCAUGGGUCAGGGAAGCCGAGGUGUUUUUAGUGCUCCAUCGGGGGCAUUUGGGGGAGACAUGAUGGUGCGUAUCUCCAAGUACCUCAAGGAGGCCAGGGCCUUGGGGUGCAAAUCAUUUGAUGGCAAGGGCGACAUAUCUGAGGCCGCCGACUGGAUUAAGAAGCUGAAUGAUGCUUCUAGGGAUAUGCAAAUUGGACUCGACGUGAAGUUGAGGGUUGCCACCAGGCUACUGGAAGGGGUAGCUGUUGUAUGGUGGGAAGGCGUGGAAGGAAAGUUCCACGGUGAGGCCACUUGGGAGAAAUUCGAAGUGGAGUUUUAUAAUCAGUACUACUCAACUUUUGAAGUCAAUCUCAAAAGGAGAGAGUACACAAACCUGAAACAGGAGGAUGGUUGCUCGGUGAGGCAAUUGGAACAGAGGUUCGGUGACUUGGCACGAUUCAUCCCAGAAUACUCUUUGGAUGAAAAUCGUAUGGCCAAUCACUUUUGGGAUGCUCUACAAUUGGACAUCCGUGACCGGGCUACUUACCAUCACAACAUGACAUUUAGCCAUAUUGUCGAUCAGGGGCUCCUUGGGGAAGCCCAAUGGAACGAAAGGAAGUUGAGGGACGCCGAGGAGGUGAAGAAGAGAAGAUGGGGAAACUCUGGACCCCAAGACCACUCCCGGAAGCAUCACGCUGGGGGUGGAAAUUCAUUCAGGGUGCCGGCACCACCGGCGAAAAGGAAUAAGGCCUCGGGAGGGCAAGGGGCCAAACCAGGGAGUACGUGGUCACCGAGGUGCGCGAAUUGCGGCAAGAACCAUGCGGGGAAGUGCAAUGAACCACCCCGGUGUUACAAGUGUGGUAGCACGAGCCACCUGAAAUCCUCUUGCCCAAUGUUGAAUGGAGGCGGUCCAUCGGGGGCCAUUGAGGGACCUACGGCUAGUAGGGGACGUGCGGGACCGUCUCAGGCCGACACAGGAAGGGGAGGACCCACGGCUAGCAAUGCCGCGUCCCUUAACCAAGGUAGAACCUAGACACGAGUGUAUGCAAUGACCGAGGAGGAUGCGCGAGCAAACCCGGACUCCGUUGCAGGUAAUGCACUAAACCUUGUAUGUUUCUAGGCUUGUAUUAAAGUUAUAAUUCCUAGGGGUCAGUUGCGAACAGACUUAGAGUCGAAUCGGGAAAACUGAGCGAAACCAAGCUAAUACCCGACCGGGUAUAGUAGCUCACCCGACCGGGUAUGCUGGGAUUUUGGCCUGGUAAACUCACUGGAACAGAUACCCGACCGGGUAUAGUAGCUCACCCGACCGGGUAUGCUGGGAUUUUGGCCUGGUAAACUCACUGGAACAGACACCCGACCGGGUAUAGUAGAUUACCCGACCGGGUAUGCUAAGUUUUCACACCCGCCGGUACUACCAGGUCGGGUAAAGGAGAAGAAUCGUUUCUGGAACAGAGACCCGACCGGGUAGAGUAAGUUACCCGACCGGGUAUGCCAAAUUCAUGUACCCGUCAGUCUUACAAGACCGGGUAGAGCAAGAUAAUUGCUUCUGGAUUGGAUACCCGACCGGGUAUAGGGAUGUACCCGACCGGGUAUAGCAGUAUGUCUUAAAUACGGGCGUAUCUCGUGGGCCUACGACUCAAUUUUGGGUAGAAGGAGUAUCUUACAUGGCUUAUAAAUGUAGGAACACUAAAGAUUAAUGGAAAGGAUGCGAGGAUCCUUAUCGAUACAGGAGCGCAACGUUCAUUCGUCAGUGAGG